AUGAAGAUCAACUGUGAAAUAAAUGGAGAAGAAUUUCUCGAAUUUGAUGAGAGUAAUGCUAUAUUGAUGGAUCAUAUAGGUAAUAAUUUGGUAGAACAACUGAAGAAAGUAUUUAAACUUGAUGGAUUCGAGUCUCAUUGCCGCUUAGGAGGAGACCUACCUGAUGAACAAUUGAAACAGUUCUGUGAUCUUAUAGAUGAACAAUAUGGCGAUUUAUACGUCCGUCACAUAGGAAAAGACUGGAAGUUGUUCAAGGAAUUUGAAUGGACUGAACCGGGGUUAGUAGUGGUAUGGUUUACAAAAAAAGAUUCGGAUGAUUUGGUUGCCUUUUUUGCAUUCAAAGUUUGUUUAAACGAUGAGGACAAAUUAGUUUUGCAUUUGUGUGAAAAUCACAUGUCCAAGGCAUUCAAAGAUAUGGGUUAUGGAUAUUCAUUAAGCAAGCAAUUUAAUGACUUUUGUCACACAACCCGCUAUAUUGACAUCAACAAGGAACUUCUCUAA